GCCAAGUCCAUAAUUUAGCUAGAAUGGUAACUUGCAAGUCUAAAAUACAUUUCUAGAUAUAUUAGUCCACAUUGGACUAGCUAUCUUAAAGUCCAAUUAAUAAUAAAAUAUUAUAUAUUUUAAUAAUAUUAAUUUUUUUUCCCAAGUGGCAGAGUUCGACUACUGCCAUUUCAAGAUUGUGGUCUACCAAAUACACUUGAUUUCCCCAACUACAGACCAAGAAUUGAUAAACACAUUGAAGAAAAAUAAAAUAGACAAACAAGCCUCCAUCUACAACAAUGUCAAGCAACAACCCCAAAUCUUAUGAUCAAGCAACGUCAAGAUGAGGCAUCAGGGUCUAAGCACCAACAGAUUUGACAUAUAACCAAGAAUCUCGCCCAAAUGCAAGAAAAAAUAAAAACAAUAAUGCCAACCGUUUACCAUUUCAUCUACAAAACAAAAAAAAAAAAAAAACCAAAAACAUUGUAUUCAUGCGAACAUAUGAUACCUGUAGUGGGAGAUUCGUGGAGGAAGAGACUUCGGCGUGGGACGGGUAUCAAAAGCCGAUGCUUUUGAUUCGACCUGGCUGGGAAAAUAAGGGCACGAAAUGGAUGAAAAAACAAGACAUUUCAGGAGGCAAUCGGAGAAGAGGGAGAGAAGAGUUUGGAGUUUCGUUCGAAGUAUUCAACAGAGAAGAGGGAGAGAAGAGCGAGGAAGAGAGAGGAAGAGCGACUUACAUUAGCGCUCGGAGACGAUGGCGUCUGCUGGAGGAGGCGAUCGUUGGACUUGAUUCAAGGCGGCGGCUGAAGAAGAAGGGCGAAUGCUCAGCAGUUUGGGAGAAAGAAAGAAAAAGUGAAUCUGUUGGGGAGAAAUGAGAAACCGAGGGAAAGGGGAGAGAGCGGGUGAAAGAAAAAGAAUAAAAAAAUUCAUAGACUCAGAACAGUUGCUCUCCAGACAUGGAGAGCACCUUACAUUUACUGUACCUUUUAUGUCAAACUUUUUGGUUUUCGCUAGGCCAUUGCAGACCAAAAACGCUUCCAACAACCUUUAUUUUGGACUUGCAAUUGGCAAUAGCGAGGCCAUUGCCGAUGCUCUAACAGGUCAGACUUGAGUCUAAGACAAUAAAGUAGUGCAUGAUUGAUAUCCUCCUCCUCCUCCAUGUUACACCAUUUGCAUCUUACAUCUGUCAGCACCUUCUUUGCUUGCAAGUUCUUAAGAGUUGGCAAGCCAUUUUGACAUACUCUUGAUGAAGUACUAAAACUACAUAAUUAAGUUAUUUAAGUGAAUAAAUUGUUUAACUAAAAAUGAUUUGUACUUAAUCAUGUAAUAGAUUAUGAUACUUAAGUCAAUUGAUAAAUUCUAAUAUUUUUGUACUUAAAAAGAUUUAUAAUGCAAUUGUUUCACAUUAAAAUAAAUAUUUCAAUUUUACUCUUCUCAUAUCAUAUUUAUACGCUGCAGGUUAAUUAUUUUUAAAAAGACAUACAUGAGUUGCUGCCAUCCCUUUUGAGUAUAGAGAAAUAUUAUAAUAAAUGGAUAUUCUUGACAAGUUACGAAUAAAUGCAAAAGGAGUCUACUGCAAGCUGCAACAGAGGCAUGUCUCACGGCAUGUCUCACACUAGACACUCACGCACAGAAAGGGAACACAGGGGGCACUAGGACACAGCAGAGGAAACGGCGUGGCCUUAAGGGAGGAGAGCCAAUCACGUAUGGACAGGAGAGCAGGACCAAAAAGCAGAGAAAAAUGGCAUCUUUAAUUUUAUUUUCUUUUUCGCUUUUUUUUUAGUCUUUUUUUCGUUCAGACCUGGGAGGCGUCUGCUUAGAGCGACGGAACUCACUCUUUUUUUUUAGUAUUAUUAUUUUGGGUUGCUUUAGUUCUUAGCAUUUUUCUUUCCUUUCGGUUCAGACCCUUGAGGCCGCUGCAAAGAUUUAUUUUUUUUACUUUUUCGUUUUCGUUAGGUAGACGGACGGAAGCUGAGGCUCUCUCUCAUUUGGAGUUUUUAUUUUUAUUUUUUCAUUUCAUUUUAUUGCUUGUUCAUUCUUAGUGGGGUUGACACUUACAGACUAUUGCUUUUCAUCAUUUCAUUUUAUUUUUUCUGUAGUUUUAUCUUCUGCAUCGGCUUGUUUUUUUUUCUUUUCGGCAGUUUAGUUUCUUUUUCAUUUUUCUUCAGGCGGCAGCUGGUUUUUAUUUUCCUUUGGAGGUUUCAAUUUUUCAUUUUGGGGAGAAAUGGCGUGGAGUCGAUGGAAGCUCUCUCUCUCCCUCCGGUUUUGUUUUUUUCAUUCUUAGUUUUUUUUCCGUUAGUUCAUAGGGGCUGGGUCGGUUUCAUUUUAUUUCUUUUCUGUUUUUUUUUUUUUUUUCGUUUGGGCGGCAUCUGCUCCAUCCUUUUGCUUUCCAUAGCCUUUUUUUUUUUCCUUUCAUUCGGUUUCAGUUUUAUUUUACUUUAGUUCUCCUGUGUGUAGCAUCAGUUAUUCUCUCUCCUAGGAUUUAUCUCAUUUCGUUUAUUCUCAGAUUUUAUUCUAUUCAGCAUUUUUUAUUUUUCAUACAACAACUCGUAAUGUUAAGAUUCAUCAUUUGUGAAUAUUUUGCUAAUUUAGAAAUGAUAGGCUAGAUUUUUGGGUUUGGGAUUCAAUGAGUAACCUAUGACUAUUUUGGAGUGGAUUUUCUUCAAUGUUAUGUGAUUUCAAUGAUUAACUUAUUAGAUGAUAUUUCAGUUUACAUUUAGAAAGGAUUGAAGUUCUUUGUUCUUGAUUUAGAUUAGUUGUAGACGUAAAGGCACAAGAGUUCAUCUACACAACCACCCACUAUUCACGCAACCCCCGCACUCCAGCCUACGUGGCUUUUGUUUUUUUUUUUUAAAAUUCAAAACGGCAGCGUUUUGGUCAUGGGUUAUGAUUCAAUUUCCCCCCCUAACAUCCUCCCCGCGCAUUCUUCUUCAGUUGCUUCUUUAGAAAGCUUCCUCGGCGUUCUCUCCAAACUCGCCCUGCUGUUGUUCUUUCGCCGGCGUCACCCUCUGGCCAGCCCGUGCGGCUCCUUCACUCCGAAACUGAGUAGCUCCAAGACGCUGGCAAUGUGGGUCAUGAUUUCGGCACCGUGUAAGAAAAAGAUCAUCUCUACUCUGUCCAUUUCCGUACGACGUCUCUAGCUUCCAUUCCUGCACGGGUUCAUGUCUUCCGCUGUUCUUGUAGCUGGAGAGAGCCACCCUUUGUCGUCUUACAAGGGUAAGAAAUUAAAAGAAAGGGUUUUUAUUUGAAUAUUUUGGUUUCAUCACUCCAUUUUUAGCAUUACUCUGAUUUUGUGUUUAUUCCUGAUAUGGAUCUGCAGACCGAUGUUUGUUGGACCUGUGUUUUGUUGGGUUUUUUUGGGUUGUUGAUUUUGUAUGUAUGGAACUGAUUUUUUGCCAUUGAUUUUUUGGUUGUUGAUAUCAUUUGAACUCCACGUUGAAAUCGUAUUCCCAAGCCUCCCUUUUUCUCUCCCUCUUCACUCCGAUUCUCUCCAAUUUCUGGUCAUGGUGUCCCAUUUGUUUCCCACUUCUAGUGAUGAUGGAGCUGGAGUCCCUUCAACAAGUGAUUAGAGUGGUAGCUCAUAAUAAGACUGGUAGUUAGUCCACGAUUCUUUCAUUCUUGGACAUUACUUUUUUUUUUUUUUUUUAGUUUAUUGCAUUAGCGUCUGUAAAUAUACGUUUUUUUUUUUUUUUUUCUAUUUAUUGGAUGGAGGGUAGGGUCUCUUUUGUCUUGCCAAUUCGAGGGAGUCUAUUUCGAGUUACCCCAUCAAAACAUAAUUGUAGUUGAAGAAGUCUCGACAAAUUGACUGUAGUGUAUUAUGUCCAGCACCUUUUAAAUUAGCUCAUCCCCAACAUAAAAGCUUCAAGCAUUGAGCCAGUUAAUUUUUGGAAAAAAAAAAAAAGAUCAUAAAGAAAUUUCAAACAUUAGGAAAUGAGAAGGAAGGAUACGACCAACCCAAAAAAAGAAACACAACUUGGUUCGAUGAAACUUGGUUGAAUAUUCCAACUUCUCAACAUACAUGAACUACAGAAGAAAGUAGAGAGGAAAGUCUGAAAAACAACAGAUGAAUAUUUUUAGCUUCCAUCUUUUGCAUACCCACUUGUUUCUUCAGCAAGCUUCUCCCACACGUUUGCCAUUUUCUCUGCAUAUCCAGCAUGUUUAUGUAAUAUCAUUUGAUUAAAAAUUUUAAAAUCAAGUGUCAACGGUAGAAGAACAUGUUAUGUGUAUUUUUCUAAAAUACAUGUCAUGAUUAGUUAUAGUUAUUGAUCUAUAACAUAUUCAAUGGUUUUCUAUAUCGAUUACUUAAACAGAAAGUCGGUUAAAAUUCAUCGUACCAAAGAAAAUGACUGAAGAUGACCAAAUAUAAAUUGAAUGACAACAAUUUUCUAUUCUAGAUAGAUCUCUUGAACUACAGUUCUCUUGAACUACAUCUUCAUCUAUAGCCAUGCAGCCUUGUGAGGUUUCAGCCCACUAGAUAAGCUUUGCCCACUAAAUUUGGGUGUAGUAGAUGCUGUACUAGAGUUGAAAGAGCUCCUCAAAUCCGGUGAUGGGUGAAGAGGAAACUGGUAGGCCAGCCAUGCCUUCUACAUCGACCCAGGUAUGAUACAAGAAUUGGAAAUUUGUCAACUCAAAUGCUGGUACGGACUGUAGCUUUAAUUUAAUGCAAGUUAUGUAUAUAUAUUGUAGGGAUAUCAUGGUACUGGAAAUCCAUAUAACCCGCCAUAUAUGAUGCCUACAUAUCCAAAUCCAUAUCCGUAUACUUGGGGUAGCCAGGUCAUAUUAUUUUGUAUAUUCAAUGUUUCGUUUUAUUUUAUAUUGUUGUCGGUAUUGUUUUUUUGCCUUCAUGGGUUUGACUCAUUGUAAUGGAGUGGGUAAUUGCAACAUUUGGCAAUGCCACCCUUUGGGCCAACCAUGCCAUACCCUCUGUCGACUAAUCCGGAGGAGCCGAGACUAGGUGAAGAUACAACGCAGGUUGUUAUUUAAGGUCAUUUAUUUUAUGGUUUUUCUUGUACCUCCGUAUUUUCCUUAAUAAAUAAAACAAUAUUCAAAAUAUAGCAUUCAUCCAUGCCACAUGACGAACCAACUAUGCCAUUUAGUGUCGAAAGUGAGAAGAAUAUUGGAGAUACAUUUUUAUGUAUAUCAUAUUAACAUCUAUUGUAUAUAAUAAAAAUCUUGCUUCCUAACCUUCUUGCAUUUCCUUUUUAGAAACUUCACUUGAAAAAACUUUAUCCCCAAAUGUGGAGGAUCAGUUUGAAGUAUCAGAUGAAGAUAAUAAAGUUGAGCCUCCGAAAGCUGGUAUGAAAUUUGGGUCUGAUAAAGAGGUUUUAUUCUAUUACAAACGAUAUGCCAAACAAGAGGGUUUUGGGGUUAUUAUAAGAAGGACGAAGAGAGAUAUAGAUGGGAAUGCAAAGUAUGUGACGAUUGCUUGUGCACGUGGCGGCAGGUACUAUCCAUGCCAUAGUAACUUAUCAAAGCCACGACCAACGACAAAAACGGAUUGUAAGGCGAAUGUUAAUGCUCGCCUAGUGAAUGGAGAAUGGGUGGUGACCAGUGUCGAGCUUGUUCACAAUCAUAGUAUUGUUAGCCCUAAAAAAGAAAGAUUUUUUAGAUCUCACAAAAAUUUUGAUUAAUAUAGUCAGAGGAUGCUCGACUUGAAUGAUAGAGCAGGUAUUCGGAUGCAUAAAAAUUUCAACGCACUUGUGACUGAUGUCGGGGGGUAUGAGAACUUAGAUUUCCAAGAGAAAGAUUGUAGAAAUUUUAUUGACAGAGCUCGACAUUUGAGAAUGGGUAAAGGAGGUGGGGAAGCACUGAAUGACUAUUAAGAGAAUGAGGAAAAUGAAUGAUGGCUUUAUGUUCGUCAUGGAUGUGGAUGAUGAGUUUAGAGUUAGGAAUGUUUUUUGAGCUGACGCAAGAAGUCGAGCUGCGUAUGAGUAUUUUGGUGAUGUGAUCACGUUCGAUACGACAUACCUCACAAAUAGGUACGGAAUGCCAUUUGCUUCCUUCGUUGGUGUCAACCAUCCCAGACAAUCCAUACUUUUAGGGUCAGGCUUGAUUUCAAGCGAGGUACAAGUACAUUCGUAUAGUUAUUUGAAGCAUGGUUAGAAUGCAUGAAUGGACGGGCACCCCACGCCAUCAUAACAGACCAAGACAGGGCAAUGAAGAAUGUCAUCGUCAUUGUAUUCUCGAACACAAGGCAUCGAUAUUGUCUCUGGCAUAUAAUGCGGAAACUUCCUGAAAAAUUGGGAUCCCACUAAGCAUACCAUGGGUUGAAGACUGCCAUUCAGAAUGCAGUCUACGAUACACAGAGUUGCCAAGAAUUUGAUGAGAAGUGGGGACAGCUAAUGCAUAACUAUGCUCUUACUGAUAAUGCAUGGUUGCAGGGGUUGUACACCGAGAGAUCAUAUUGGGUACCAGUUUAUUUGCAAUGUGUAUUUUGGGCUGGUAUGAGUACUACCCAACGGUCUGAAAGUAUGAACGCCUUCUUCGACGGAUUCGUGCAUUCCGGUACGACAUUAAAAGAAUUUGUCGAUAAAGAGGUCCAAGCAGAGGUUAUAGGGAUGCUUUUAUGUAACUUUUCACUUGUCAGCACAUAAGGUAGCAUUUCUACCUUCGAUGUUUUUGAAGAAAUUUCCACCCCCGAUGGCCAGUCCAAAAUUAUGAAGUACAUAGUUUAUUUGAAUGAAGAGGAAUUGGAAGUUAAAUGCACUUGCGCCCUCUUUGAGAUGAGGGGGAUUAUUUGUAGGCAUUCAUUUAAAGUAUGUCAGAUGAAGUAUAUUCAUGCUUUGCCAGAUAAAUAUUUGUUGAAUCGAUGGCGGAAAGAUACAAAGAGAAGAUACAUACUGGUUAAGAGUAGCUACGAUGAUUGUCGGGUCAAUCCGAAUGCACGUCGGUAUGAGGAAGUUGUUAAAAGAUGUAUAAGAUUGGCCAUAUGUGUAUCUCGAAAUGAAGAGCAUGUAAAUGCAUUCUUUCAAUUUUUGGAUGACUUUGAGCUGAAGUUGGUAGGAGUAGAGCCUGUCACUUGUUCAACAAAGGUGAAAGAGAAUGUGGACGCUAAUAGGGGUAAUAAAAUAUUAAGUCCACACGUUGUUCGGGGGAAAGGGAGGCCGCCAACGCGAAGAAAGGUCCCGAUGGUUGAGAAGGCUGUUGGGAAGAGAAAGAAGAAACAGAUCAAGAGGAAAAAAUUUUACAACGAACCACAAAAUCACAACUAUCUGGUGUCAGAAGUUGGUCAUAAUGUUGACGAUGUUGUUAUCCCAACCCAGUAUAGUAAUUUAACACAAGAAACGCCACUAGCAAAUGACGAGGCUAUGCCAAGCUUGCCCCAUGAUACUUAGAAUUGGAUACUGUAUGUGUAUCUUGGAUAUCUUAGCAUUUUGUGUCAUCUGAGGUGGAAGAUACAGCUUGGACAUUUGAUUUGAGCAACUAUGGUAAGCAUGUUUGAAAUCUAGUAGAUGUUUUUUAAUUUUAUGCAAUACAAAGAUAUAUCACAUAGCAUCCAAUUUUUAUCGGGUUUAUGUUUUACUAGGUUUGCUUUAUUUUAAUUUCCUCAAAUAGCGUGUAUAUAUAUAUAAUCUAACUAGCACAUCUGAGAACACGCUUGAUGUUGGUAACCAUAAUUUUCGCUCUUUAACAUAUCUGUGGUUGUGCACAUGCAGUUUUUAUGGGGGGAGAGAAUGAUGAUGAUCAUCAUCUUGGUCUACUACCAUUGAAAUGUGGGGAGUGUAGCGAAUAUUAUCUCGGCGUCCGACCCAUACGGAGUGAAACAUAACAUACCAUUGAUAUGUUAUAUAUUUUAUUUAUGGGAUUUAGAAGCUUCACUUCUGAACCAUUGUGCUUUCUAAUUAAUAUGUUAUGAAUGAUUUCUAUUUUCUCAAGUUUAUUAUAUAUGUGGCGGAACACCAGUAAUUUUUUAUAUUUUCAUUUAAUAUCUUGCAGGUACUAUUUGCAGAUGAUAGGAGGUGAUUUUUUAUCCCACUCAACUCCGUGGAAUGUGUAUGUAUUUUGCCAAUAUUUUGGAGGCUAUGGCAUAGGAGUUGAAAUUUAACUAACUUUUGUAGAGGAAGUUGAAAGGAGAAAGUAUUUUGUGCAGGAAUUUGUUAAUGAAAAUGUGAAUUGUGUAUUUGUAAAUGUUGAUUGUAUAUGAAGUGGAGCAAUUGAAUGCAGUAGGUAGUGCAGAAA